AUGGUCUGUGAGGCCAUGGAUUUUGCAGGCGGCAUAGCCUCCACCAACCCGGCGCGGGUGCAGCUAGCUGCAGGACGCGUACCUGCUGGCAUACGGAAGUUGGACGCUUCUUCGAAAUGGCUCGUCACCGCUGGGCAGACAGCAGCCGUGGUCAUCCGCCAUGAUGUGCUCAGUCCGUACAUCGUGCUGGGCGGCAUCGCUGCCUCGUUGCUGACCGCAAAAAUCAAGCGGAUCGUGAACCAACGCAGACCCGCGGGAUCUCCGCUUACGGAUCCUGGGAUGCCCUCGUCCCAUGCGCUGGUCGCGACCUUCAUGUCUGUGGCCUGGGUCACCCAGAUCCAGUCAAGCAUGAUCUCAAUGAUGUUGCUGGCCUCUGCGGUCCUGAUAAGUGUCUUGCGUGUUAUCUGCGGCCAUCACACUUGGGCCCAGGUAGGCGUGGGCACUGCCGUGGGAACCGUGCUGUCCCUUGUCUGGAUGGUGCUCGGGCAGGACAUCAUCAGGAGUCCAAAGUCUUUGGAAACCAAGGUGGUGUACGUGAUGUAUGCUGCCCUGAGUGUCCUCUUCCUCGCGAAGCAGAUCCGAAAGGGCAGGAUGCGGAACGCGGCCCUGAAGUCGGAAAGCGUCUUGAGCUGA